UCCUUCCUUCCCUGCCCCGCCAGCCCCAUUGCACUGGAGCCUUCCCUCCUCGAGGAACAGCCGCCAGGCACCUCGGAGGUGGGCGCUUCUUUCUCGUCUCCCGCCGGGCUCUAGGGACCGAGGCCCAAAGAAAGAAGAGGACGGAGCCAUGGCUUGGCUUCCUGGCCUGGGGACCCCUGGGGUCCUGCUGCUCUUGAGUUGCAUCAUCUUUGGAAAUGGACUUCACUUAGAGAUUCUUGGUGGCAAAAAUGAUGAGCUAUUCAAUAAAAACAGCCUAAUUAGGCAAAAGCGAGAAUGGGUUGUCCCACCUGCAGUCAUCUGGGAAGAGAGGGACAAUUCCAAAAAGAAUCCAAUUGCUAAAAUAAGAUCUGAUCGUUCAGUUGAACCAGGAGUAAUUAUUACUUAUACCAUUUCUGGCCAAGGAGUUACAGAACCACCAUACGGGUUAUUUGUUAUUAAUGGAAAAACUGGAGACCUAAACAUAACUGGAAUAGUUGAUCGGGAACAAACGCCAAUGUUGCAUCUGAAAGGCUAUGCAUUGGAUCAAAAUGGGGUCAACUUGGAAAAACCAUUAGAUCUACGAAUUAAAGUUCUGGAUAUAAAUGACAACAGCCCAGUCUUUUCACAGGAAGUUUUUUCAGGUUCUAUUGAAGAACUGUCAGCAAUUGGUACUCUUGUGAUGAAGAUAACUGCAACGGAUGCAGAUGAGCCAAACACUCCAAACUCCCUAAUUCAUUACAGGAUUAUUUCACAGGAACCUAAUCAGCCCCAAGCAUUUGUAAUUAAACCUGAAACAGGAGAGGUUCGGACUGCACUCAUCCAACUCGACAGAGAGAUGCAAAGUAGCUACACUUUAAUUGUGGAAGCAAAAGAUGGCAAUGGAAGUUUAGCUGGGAAUGCUCAGCAGACUAGUCUACAGAUCAAAAUUUUGGAUGUCAAUGACAACAUUCCUGUUCUUGAAAAGGACAAUUAUGUAGGAAGUGUUAAGGAAAAUACAGCCAAUAUGGAAAUUAUGCGACUGAAGGUCUUUGACAGAGAUGAGGAAUUCUCUGAUAACUGGCUGGCACAGUUCACAAUUUUGUCUGGCAACGAAGGAGGCUAUUUCCAGAUAGAAACAGAUUCGCAGACCAAUGAAGGCGUUUUGAAAUUGGUUAAGGAAAUAAGCUAUGAAGACCUAAAGAGCGCUGACUUGAAUAUUGUUGUUUCUAACAAAGCAGCAUAUCACCAAUCAAUUAUUAAACAGGGCUUUCAAGCAAAACCAAUUCCAAUUAAAAUAAAUGUGGAAAAUGUAGUGGAAGGCCCUGUAUUUAAGCCCCAAACAAUGGUGAUUAAAGGCAAUGAAAAAAUGACCAUAGGCCAGAUUAUUGGGAGAUUUCAAGCUCAUGAUGAAGAUACUGGAACAAUAGCUAAAAAUGUCAGGUAUGCUAAAGACCGGGAUGCCGCAAACUGGUUUGUAAUAGACUCCAAAACAGCUGAGAUUAAACUGAUUAGAGUGCCUGGUUAUGAAUCACAAUUUGUUAAUAACGGUACUUAUACUGCAACAAUUUUGGCCAUAAGUGAUGGCAUCCCUUCACAAACAGCCACAGGCACUAUUGUAAUUGAAGUGCCGAAUUUUAAUGACUACUGCCCAACUUUAGUGACUCGAGAAGCAAGUCUCUGUACAGGUGCAAAGUUCAUUAAUGUCACUGUUGAGGAUCGAGAUGCUCAUCCAUAUGGUGGCCCUUUUACUUUCACUGUUGUUGAUGGAGCUGAAAGGAUGUCAGAGAGAUGGACAAUUGGCCGGAUGGAUGGAACUAGAGCACAGUUGGUGCCACAGAAUGUGGAUGUUGGAACAUAUGAAGUUCCUCUCUUAAUAAAAGACAACCAAGGCUUGAGCUGCCCUGAACCACAAAUCCUAAAGGUGCACGUUUGUGAUUGUGUAGAUCGUACUGAUUGCAGAAUCACAGAGCCAAUUGUUGGUUCCUCGGUUGUCCUUGGACCUGCAGCAAUCGCACUGAUCAUUUUGGCACUUUUGCUGCUGCUACUUGUACCUCUCUUACUGCUGGCAUGUGGCUUUGGAUCUCGCCUUGGGUUGGGCACUGGAAAAGGUUUUGUAGCCAUUCCUGAUACCAGCGAAGAAAUGCUACGAAACUGGAACAGCGAAAAGGCAGCUCCUGACAAUAAGGCAAUUCCCAGCCUCAUUUCAUCCACAGCAGUGGACAGUUCAGCUUCACAUGGGGGAUUAAUAGCAACUGGUGUUGGAACAGCAGCGGCUGGUAUUGGAGCAGCAGGAGCUGCUGCAGGAGGAGGCGGUGGCUCUUCUUCUGUGUUUAGGGAGAAGUACUUCGGCAGGGAAGAGCAAACAGCUCUUCUUUCUGGGACAGACUAUAGAGGCAUGAGAUUUGGAGGAGGCUCAGGCACAGCAGCUGCAGGAAGCUUGGCAGCAGGAGGAACCAUGACUCUUGGUGCUGGAAGAACUUUUGCUAUGGAAAGUGGAAGCAUGGUGAAUGAAGACUUUUUGAGAAGUUACUUCACUGUGAAAGCUGAAGCUUUUGCCGACGAGGAUGAAACACAGCUUGCCAAAGACUGCCUGCUAGUUUACUCUCAGGAUGAAGAGAAAGGUUCCAUCCGUGGCUCGGUUGGUUGCUGCAGCUUUAUUGAGGAUGACUUUGAUGACCAUUUCUUGGAUGACCUGGGAGACAAAUUUAAGACUCUGGCUGAGAUCUGUAUGGGCAAACAUGUAGGCAUGGGAGCCCGACAGGUCACUACCCAAGUGCCAAAAGCUGCAAGUCCUAUUCUUGCAGUAAAUGAAUCAGAUGUUCAGUACAUGCACCAGCAAAAUGCUCUGAGUUCAGAACAGACCUAUACUUCAGGGCCUAGUUUCCAGCUACCCAGAUCCGCAGACCACUUUGGUUCAGCAGCUAGGUCGGAGGAAACAAUUACUGAGACUAAAUUUACAUCUGGUCUGCAGCAAACUAGGCCCAUACUUGACCCCUUAGUUAAUAGCAGCAAUGUUGUUGUGACAGAAACUUCUUAUGGGGCCAGACCCCCAAUGGUAAUCCUUGACCCUCAGUUUACGGAGAAUGUAGUUGUAACAGAGAGAGUACUUGCUCCAGCUUCUAAUUUGCAGACUGUGUUAGACACUCCUGCUGGAGCCUUCCCAGACCUCCCAGAUUCAAAAUACGUUGUUGUAAGAGAAAGGGAAAGGGUCCUUGUACCUAGUGCCGAUUUAAAGACUCCUUUAAGCAAUUUAUCAGAAGGACAGAAUGUGGUAGUAACUGAGUCUGUGAUGACACCUGGUACUCUUAGGAGGAGCACAGCAGACCCCUAUGCUGACACUGAGAGGCAGGAACAUGUUUUCAUCUCGGACCCUUUCCAAACCAAUGCUCAGGAGCUACUGUCCUCUGGUUCUACCUUGAGCAAGUCCUCAACAGUAACAAAAUACAGCUCUGUGCAGUAUUCACAUUCGUAGAUGGGAUAUAUGUAUCCCUUCUUUUUUAAUUUACAUUUAACAUUUUUGGGGUUAACAGGUGCCUUUCUCAAGGCUGAAUAAGUUACUUAUAUUUCAUCACAGUGCUUGGUGUUAGCUACAACUUCAUCACAAUCAAAUAGAAUGCAUCAGGAUUAAGUAUGCAACCAUGAACACCUUUACUAGAGAGCAAGUAUCAUUGAAAACAGUGGUAUUUAUUUUUAGUUAAACUUCUCUGUAAAAAGCAUCAGGAUUAAGUAUGCAACCAUGAACACCUUUACUAGAGAGCAAGUAUCAUUGAAAACAGUGGUAUUUAUUUUUAGUUAAAUUUCUCUGUAAAAAGCAUAUUGCAUGUGGCUACUGAAAACUAUGGGUAUGGAAAGAGUGCUGUUAAUAUAAACAGUUUGGAUAUCUCUCAGCUAUCAUAGCUUGUACUUAACUAAGCUUCCGGUUGAAUUCCAGUUAAAAUCAAUUUGAUUUAGUUUGUUGUGCAGCAGACUUUAAAUAGCUAUUUUUCAUUAACCUUCUAGGCAACCCUGCACAUGUCACUUCAGAAUUAGAUUGCAGUGAGUUUGUUGAAUUUAUUUCCUAUUAAGUGUGUUCAUCAUUGGAACCCAAUGUCACUUAUUCUAAUAUUCAUAAUUACUUUGAUUCAUUAUAUGGAUCUCAAGAUUAUUUUUUUUCUAAGAAUACCAUCCAAAAUAUUCUUAUUCAGUAGUAAAGUGUACUGUACUCAAUCCAUAUGACUUUCUAAUAAGUGAGUUCAGGAAUAUGGCAUUUGAUCUGCAGUACAGUCUUACAUCGUAUGUGUGAAAUAUGCCAUUGUAUGUCUCUCUCUUUUCAGUUGUAGAGGGAGGAAUUCAUAGCCUCCCUCACACAACAAUGUGUGAGGACAGAGUCCUGAGAGACAAGACAUACUUCUGCCUGUGUGGAACUUGACAUCCUGUCUCUCACUGGUUUUGUCACUAGAGCUGUAUGAUGUCAGAUUCUCCAAUAUAAUUGAUAUCUUUUUUUCAUUCUUAGGGUUUUUAGAAACUAAGUUCCUUGGCAGGAUUUUCACAUACUUAAAAGCAAAAAUUAAUGUUAAAAAGGUGGUGUGGAGAAGACAAUCUAGUGUAAUCUUGUUUCAUAUGGUUUAUGUAUGCAUGCAAAUAUUUUUUGAAAUGUAUCAGAAGAGGCUAUCGCAUUCUUUCAAGGGGCUUUUACGGGACAGCAUUAACUAAGCAAAGUGCAGCAAAUUGUUGCAGCGUACAGAGCUCUAAUUCAGGUAAUUUUCUGGAUGCUAUAUUCCCUUCCCUUGUUCUUUUAUUGCCCUCUAUCCCUUCACUUCUGAGGAUUUUCCUGAAUGCUACAUUCUCUUCCCUAGUUGUUAUAUUGUGGCCUAUCCCUUCACUUACAUACACAAAUGUACGUGCACAAUCAACCAAGCAACAGUCAAUUAACAUUCCACACUCAUUGAGCGUACUUAGUGUUUUGAGUAAGUAUGCACAGAAUUGUACUGUUAGGCUCAGCUAUAAUUUGAGAAACUGAAGUUAUAAAACAGAAAUCCAUAACUACAAAAUUAAUUAGAUCAUACAGGCACAAGAGAUAUUUUCAGGACACUCAUUUACCCAGAAGGGUUAUUCCAUUCCUUUUGGCUCAAUUUGAAGAACACACACUGACUUUCAUUCAUUGAAAUUAAUGAAAAUAAGCGUGUUUCUGUCUUUGGCAGGAUAAGCUGCGUUUUUUAAAUAAUGUAAUAUUUCUGUAGCAUGUAUAUGUAAGCUUACACAGUAGAAUGAAUAUGGCAUAGUAGAAAGGAAACUGAACAAUGGAAAACUUGAGCUCCAAUUCCUAUGCCACUCAGCUAUGAAACCAGUUUGUUACACUUGUAUCAUAUUUGAUAUUUUGUAUUGUUUGUAUCAUACAUAUUGCAAGUGCCUUGGACUGAAAGCAGUAAGUACAACUGACUGUUGCACUCGCCACUUUCCCCCCUAUCAUUAUGUAUUCAAUAUGCCUAUUUGAUAAACAGAGCAUAUAUUGUAAAUGCCGUAUAUUUUAAUUUGAGGAGACAAAAAUAAAUUUAAGGAACUUUUUAAAACAAAGUCAGUCACUUUUUUAAGUUCCCCUCUUUUUUAAUACAUAAUAUCUGUGAGAAGUUUUAUGUAUAUGUUGCAAUGCUAUAUGGAGACUAAAACGACUUUAGUAGUCUACUAAGGAUGUGUGUGUGAUUCCUAUUGUCCUUCCCAUCAUAAGAGUUAAUAAUUAGCUUAUUUCCAAGAGGUGAUAUGGAUUUCUGAGCCUUUGUUUCUCGUCUCUGAUAUUUUGUAUAACUAGAUUAUGCACUGAUUUCAUGUUUGAGAAGUGGGACCAUUGUGUUGUAAUUUUUUAUGAAAUUUCAAAUAAAUACAUUUUGUCAUUGCAUUA